CCCGACACUUUAACUGUCAAUCAGGAUUAAUGGGGUAUAAAACCUCCCCAGCGCCGCGGCCCUGAGCGGCAGAGACGGCAAUAGGCAGGAAUGAGUGAGAGCCAGAGCUGAACUAGUGCACGGCGUAAUUCCUGCUCUGUGAUCAGACACUCCAAGUGAAAAAACCGGGAGAGGGGGCAGAGAGAGGCAGUGACCGGCUCAGCCUUUGCAACCGGCUCAGGACAGAACGUCUAUAGAUAUUUAUAGAUACUAAAACAAAAACAACAACCUCACCCUGAAUAGAGCCUUUCUUAAAAAGAAGCUUUCCAGUUAAAGAGCAAAGGAGCUGUUUUACCUGCGUGUGACAAUCCCAGAGGACACCGAUCAAGAAACAGGGGAGUGACUUGGUCUUCUGCACUACUUUACUCCUACCCCCUUUUUUUUUAGGGGGAGGGAAGGAUUUUUCCAAUCCAGGAACCUCUUGCCCCCAAGUUUUGGAAGGGGGUUGAAGAACUGUCACCCGUCUGGGGGUGCAUGAAGGGUGUUGCUUUUCUUUCUCUGUCACCUUGGUUUUGUGGAGGUCUGGAAGAGAACUUUGCCUGGGAGAAGAGGAUGGUCUGGAAGUGGCUGGGCGCCCUGCUGCUGUUCCCGGUGCAGAUGCUGUAUCUGGUGGUGAAGGCUGCCGUGUGCCUGGUGCUGCCGCCCAAGCUGCGGGACCUGUCCCGGGAGAACGUGCUGGUCACCGGCGGGGGCCGCGGCAUCGGCCGGCACCUGGCCCGGGAGUUCGCCAGGAGAGGAGCCAGGAAGAUCAUCCUGUGGGGUCGGACUGAGAAGUGCCUGAAGGAGACCACGGAGGAGAUCAGGAUGAUGGGGACAGAGUGCCACUACUUCAUCUGCGACGUUGGGAACCGCGAGGAAGUCUAUCGGCAGGCCAAGGCCGUGAGGGAAAAGGUGGGUGACAUCACCAUCCUGGUGAACAAUGCUGCUGUGGUUCAUGGGAAGAGCCUGAUGGACAGCGACGACGAUGCCCUGCUCAAAUCCCAGCACAUAAACACCCUGGGACAGUUCUGGACCACCAAAGCAUUCCUGCCAAGGAUGCUGGAGCUCCAGAAUGGGCACAUUGUUUGCCUGAACUCUGUCCUGGCCUUGUCAGCCAUCCCUGGUGCCAUUGACUAUUGCACCUCCAAAGCCUCAUCCUUUGCUUUCAUGGAGAGCCUGACCCUGGGGCUGCUGGACUGUCCUGGAGUGAAUGCCACCACAGUCCUGCCCUUCCACACCAGCACAGAGAUGUUCCAGGGCAUGAGAAUCAGGUUCCCUAGUCUUUUUCCUCCUCUCAAGCCAGAGACAGUGGCGAGGAGGACGGUGGAAGCUGUUCAGAUGAAUCAAGCCUUCCUGCUCCUUCCAUGGACAAUGCACGUUCUUGUUAUCCUAAAAAGCAUUCUUCCCCAGGCAGCACUUGAAGAAAUCCACAAGUUUUCUGGGAGCUACACCUGCAUGAACACUUUCAAAGGACGAACAUAGGCUGGCACAAGGACUGUUCUGCACUGAACCCAGCACGAGCAUGAAAAUCCUACAGGACUGUGAAUCAGCAAGUCUUGGCUUCCAGCCUGUUCAUGUGACUUGUGCUGCUCUGAGGCAACACAUUUCUUGCAGGUCAUAUCCAUAGUAACAUGACCUUUGCACAGGAUUGAGUGAGUGGACUGUGGACCCUUGGAAAGACAAACAGAAAGUGUGAAAUGUUUCUAUGAUGUUUAAUUCUUUAGAGUUCAAUUGUUAAAUCUACUCAUAGUUUUAAGAUGUGAUUUUUGUUUCUUAAGUGUCUGUGGGCUGUCUCAGUGGAGAGGCAGCACAUCCAUCCCAAACACACUUUGUGCCCUCUCUCCAGGGGAGCUGCCCUGGUUUCAUUUCAGCUUUUUCAAUGGGGAACUUCAAAAUUACUUUGAAGAACUAAAAGAUAUGGACAGUUCUUCCUUCUCUUUCUUUACUUUCCAUCCCAUGAUGAAGCUGUUCCCAGCACACACUGGGGAAGGAGCAAACCAUGAAGCAAUGUUUUCUUUGCUAAAGGCCACCCAGGACUUCUCUUUCUGGGCCCAAAAAAGCUGUUGUACUUCCCCUGUGGAGGCUGGACAGGAAGGCUCAGGCAGCAGAGCUGAGAGUUUAAAUAGUGGAAGAUUCUUUCUGUCACUGAACUCAUAUGUGAAAUUGUCAUUCUGAUUUUUUUUUUUGUUCAUUUCUGAUAAAAUAUAAAUAUAUUUUUAGUGUUAAUCCCAGACUGCCACACACGUAGGCAGCAGCACAUUGGGGAUGAACUAAAUCUAGAACUAAAACUAGAGCCUGCUUGUACAAACAUACAUUCACUGACAUAAUCCAUGCAGAGGAAAAUCCAUUGUAUCAAUCUGCACAGUGAAGUGGAAUAAUGCUCUAAGAGACACUACUGUUGUGCUCAUGAGAUGUGAAAUUUGGGACCACAUUUAGAAAACACCUGAUUAAAUGCAUUUUGAAUUCAUCUGGAAAUAAACCCAUUGUGCUUUAGGGACAUUGAAUCAGGCACUGAUCAGCCAAAAGUGAUAAAUAUGCUUGGACUGAGGUACCAGAAGCAGCUAGACAUUAUUUAUUUUUGUAGUGAAAUAUUCUCUUGGACAGCCUAGGAAGGGCAACACUGCAUUCCUGUGCAAAAUGCAGUGAGCAGCACAUUGGAGCACUACUAACAGAGAAAUUAAUAUAAUUGCAAUAGAGGAAGUAGCAAGUCCAACUGGAGACACCUGAAUGAAGUGCCUCAGGGGUGGAUGUGUGAUUAAAGGAGUGAAUUUAGGGCUCCUGACUCGAAUUUCAAGCUUUUCUGUAGAUGUCCUGUGUGGCUUGGGGCAAAAUGAAUCACCUGAAGGAGCACCCUGACCUGCAAAGCAGAUAUUCCUGGUGUUUCCCUACCUCAAAAUUGCAAGUCUGACUACCUAAAUGUCUGUCAAAAGCUCAGCAAACUCAAAUGCAGCAUGUUCUAGAAAGGAAAAGCAGUAUCUGUUCAUAGACCAAGAGGUUCUACACAAAAGUUCAGAUGAGGAAAAAACCCAUAUGCCACAAUAUAUCAUCUCCUAAAAGACUUCUGAGGUACAGCAGAAAAGCUGUGAGCUGUGUUUAAAAUACUUCUUUAAUGGAGACCUGCUACUGAGAUGCAAAGGUGUGAGUGUUGAAAUCAGGCCUGGCCUUACUGCAGACCUUUGGGUUUCUCCUUUCUGGAGCUCUCCAAGAGGAAGGUGCUGCCAGAAAGUGCCACUGCUGAAGUCCCUCUGCCUGGGUGAGUGUUUGGAGGGGCUCUCCUGCCUGGGUCAGUGCAGAACUAUAACCUGGAGCACUGUGACACCUCUGAACAUGUUUCUUAAAAUGCAGUUUUCCUUGGAGUUCCUGGAUGUCUGAGGCUCUCUGGAGAGGAUGAAAAGAAACUUCAAUCUCUGUCAUUUUGAGACCACCCUAAUAGAUGCUUCCAGCUUUAUUUUUUGUCUUUUUUUUUUUUUUUUUUUUUUUUUUUUUUUUUUUUUUGAGAAACCCAUCUCACUGAAAAGUCAAGUGCCAUGAGAGGAGAACCCUUCCAGGAUCUGCCUGGAAUACUGAAGGUACCAGGUUUAUCAGGAGAGGUUUGGGAGAGGAAGAUCUGGUGAUACCAACUUCCCCCUGUGCUCUCUGAUCCAUUCCAGUUUCUCAUUAAUCCCAGCUGGGUGUGCCAGGCUUGUAGCUGCAAGUGCAAUCAACUGUGGUGAAAGAGCAGUGUCCCCUUGAAAUUAAACCUUUGUGCUGAGAGUCUGUUCAUUGACAACUUCCUAAUGCAAAAGUGAGGUAAAAACACACACUGGAAUCCCCAUUCGUCCCCAGAUCCUGUCCCUUACACGGAUCUGCUCUUUCCCUGCACCACACAAAAGAUGUUCCCUGUCUCCAGAGCUGCCUUGCACGCUGAGUGCUGUUGAUUUCUUUCUGAUGGAUAUAAAGAAGUCAGGAGGUAGCUGAGAGUCCUCAUCUCUCCCCUCUCAUGCACACACCUCCCUCUGUCUUCCCUCAGGGUCCCCGAGCGUUCAGCAGGUCAAAUAGCAGUCACGGUGGGGGAGAGGGUUGCAGCAAACAGAAAAUAAUGAGGAAAACAUUAACUUUGCUCUGCAGAUAGCAGGGAGGAGUUGGGUCAGAGUUCCUUGACUGGUGAGUGCUGUGAGACAGGACAGUGCCCAUCGAGCAACUGCAAAUGGGGAUGGAGACACUCAAGAGUUUUUAUUUAAUAGAAAGGCUCCUCUGGAAUGCCUGCUGAGGUCUGCUGGGACCUUCCCACAUCAGGGUCCUGUUGGGUAAUCUUGAAGUGCUGCAAAUGUGGACAAGCUUUGUUGAAGCCUAAGGCCCUCUCAGAGGAAUUUCCGCCCUUUGAUUUGCUUUAAUUUUGAUUUUCCCCGCUCUCUCUGCUGCCUCCUGCUCUCCACUGCACAAUUAUUUUUUUCCUUCUGUUUUCCUAUGUCAUCACUGCACUUUUCUGUGCCACCAUCUUGAAGCCAGAUGUCAUACAAGGGUCUGGAGUAAAUUGAGAUUGGGAUAUCCAUUUAUUAUCCUGCUGGAGGAAUCCAGGUGAAGCUGCAGGAGCAGGUCACAGGAGUUUCAUAGGAAAUUAGUUUUACUUGCUCCAAACUCUGAAGAAGUAAAAGAGUCCUCACUAUGGCUCUUAUACAGGAGAUUGCUGCUGAUUUAAAAUCUGAAUGCUAGAGAAACAUGAGCCAGUUUGGAGCAUGUUCCCUUGACAAAAAAAAAGGCCAAAUUUAACUGGGAGGAUUUUUCAGUUCAAGGUGGCUUCAAGGGCUGCUGUUUAUACUAAGUGAUUUUCAGAAUUAGCAAGGCAGGGCAGGGAGAGGAGGAGUCCUUUGUAGAGGAAUGUGAUCCCUUAUGUUUGAUAUUUCCUUUGUGGUUUUUGAUGAGAAAAAAGUUCACCCUCAUGCACCCCUGGUGAACUUUAAAAAGGUUGUUCCAGCCAUGUCCCUGCCAAUGGAAUGUUUCUAGCAGCAUCACAAAAAGGAGUGGGCCCUGAAAGUGGGAGCUGUACCCUCCCCACUCACCCAUUGUUCUGCUGAGGUUAAAAAGCAAUAGAGUCUGUCCCUCAGGUUCUUCUAGAACUGCACAGAAAGUGCCUGGGCAAGUGAUUCUGAUGUUUGCAAAGAGAAACUUGUUGUACUUUUAUGUAAUGUGUUAAUUAGUGUGGGUGGGUAUGAUCAGAUCUAGUCUUGCAAGCCUUUCCGACAACUCCCUGAACACUCCCACCUUCAGAUAUUAACAGAUAGCACUUGCCAGAGCUCCUCAAAACCCAGUAACAGACUCGGUGCAGGCAGAGCAUAAGUGGGUGCAUGUAUUUCAAAGAGAACACAUCUGCUUGUAGCAGACAUUAAUGUGGCCUAGUGCCUUCCUCGAGCUGAAAUGCAACUGCUGAGAAAAUAACACAAGGUGAUCCUUGGAGCAUCUAUUUUGUUUUUAUUUCUUCACCUGGAUUUAAUAAAUUUAAUCUAGGUGACAGCCACUUUUUCAACAGUUCUGGUUCCUAAGUUUGGGGUAGAGCAAGAUUAUGUCAAAUGCAGUAUUUUGCAUUUUUACCAACCAGCAGCCCUGAGGAUGAGAAUAUUCUGCACUGUUUGCAGCUCUCACCUCCCCAGCACUAAGAUCCUGGUAUGUUUGGAGUCUGAGCAAACCUGUCAGUCACCAGCAGCAGUUGCAUUCUCUGAAUCCUCUUUGACCUCACGCUUUUCUGAGGGAGAUGUUGAGCUGUGAGUAGUGGCAGCCACAGAUUCAGGGACUUAGAGAAAGACAAGAGGAAAACCAGAACUUCACCUGCUCCCUGCAGCUCAUUCUCUUCUGUCCUGUGGGAAGAUGGCAAUUCAGAUUCUUCUUGCUCCCUUUACCACCUCUUUUCUCCUGAGGUCACCUCAGCACCUCCCUGCACUACCUUGAGGAAGCUGAAAGGAAAGUCAGCUUGAGGAAGCUUCAGCACAAACCCCCCUGUGUGUCCUCCAAGGAGCUGGAUCAGGAGUGGGAGAGCAGGCAGGGGCUGUUCCAGGGGGCUGAGCUGAGCUGCCCCAGCUGCAGAGCACAGCUGGAAGACACAGGACACACCUGAUUGCCCCCUGGACCAUUCCUGUCAUCUUUGCUCUCAACAUCACACCCUCUUUUGUUCCUGUAACAGAUCAUGUGAGCAGAAACACACACUGACCAGCCUGCCUGGACUAGAGGCACAAACCUCUGAGACAAUUUAUAUCUUCACACCUUCCCAAAGAGUCCAAACUUACUAGUUCCUUAUGCUCACCUCUGUUAUGGGCAUUGUGACAUAUUAGCACAGAAAAAAAUUAAGGUGUGAUGAUUUUUUUUAUGCAUCAUAUAAUGAUUUUUUCUGCAUAAAACUAGAACAAUUCCUCCUUAAAUGAGGGAAGAAAGCACUGUAAUUGGAGAGUGAUUGAAAAAUAUAUGAGAAUACGAAAUAGAAGACAAGAUGCAAUCUUAGGGGGAGUGUGAUGGCCCUAAACAGACAGAGGCAAGAUGCCACCUUACAUCCCUGGAGUUACAUAACAACAGAGGCGUGUGAUUUCCAGCCAAAUGCAAAGUCUAUAAAAGAAGCCCGUUGUCACUCCUGCUCGUUCCAGUGGGUCACCAUGCCCUAAAAAGCAGUCAAUUAAUCUUGUAGCUUGCUGGCUUGGGAACUCCAAUGUGCUGGUAACUGAUAGCUGACUCUUGGGGUUUUUUUGAGGGAAGGAAAGCAGCCCAACCAUGUAAAAGCAGGGGUCAGCGUGACUCCCUACUCACUUUCUCCAGCUGCAAGGGCCAUCCAUCAUGUGUAGGUAUUACAAGGACGUGGUUCUCUGGCUUGUGUCACUAAUCAUCCUGACCUGGUGCUACUAGGUAGGUGUGGUUCCAUUUCCUAUUUCUUUCUUAAGCAAAAGCAUUUUUAAAGACAAUUUUUCUUUAUCUGAGUUAGUUGCCUCUGUAUUGUACAGGCUUUUCACAGACAGCCAUCCUAGACAUGAAGUUUUCCCAUCUGUUAAUCAAAUGAUAAUGGAAAGAAUACAGAAGUAAAGAGUUCCUGUUGGAUGUCUUCCUUCUCCAAGCCAUGUGGAACUAAGAAGAGGAGCCCUGUUGGAAGAUCAAUGCCUUAAAUCAAUCCAUCUCAGAAGCCUGCUGACUGAAAAUGAUCCUGGCUUCCAAAAUUCCCUUCCUGCAGGUUCCUGGGGCACUUGGCACUGAAUUUGGUUUCCUGAGCAGGUCACUAUCACAGUGCACUGGUAAAGAGUGCACACACAAACUCUGAACAGAUGGAUUUAAACUCCUGGUCCCACAGGACAAUUGAAAAAUCCAGGAUGAAGAAGGAGGUGGCCUCAGGUAACCAGUACAAACCCGAGCACUGGGGGAGGGCUGUGCUUGUCCAUAGGUGCCAGAGAGCUCAGCUCCCACCUCCUGCCUCACAUCUCACCCCUGACGGGCUCUUGGGCCACCACGUGCAAACCCUGGGCAUCAGGAGUGCAGGAAUUGAGAUCUUCCUUCAUUUUUUAGGGUCAGACACUUUGGGGUGUGGCCACCAGCUGCCCUGGGGCAUCACUGCUGAUCUGAUCAGUGUUCCCAGACACUGGGCUGGCACAGGGCAGCAUUAGCUUCAGCUGUAAGAUAAGGAGGCAAUUCCUUGCUAUCUUUUCCAGGAAAGUCAACUUUUAGUGCCUUUUUGCAGAGAGGACAGAAGCAAGUGCAGGGUGAUCAGCUUUCUGGGGUGUUUUGGUGACAGGAAUACUGCUGCCAUAUGGGAUAAGAAAAAAGGGCUCGUGUCAGAGGAAUGUUAACAGAAGAUAGAAAUAGCAAUAAUGGAAAACAAGAGAUAUCCAAACCCAUAAUUCCUGUUCCUAGAGCCUGCUGGGAGCACUGAUUCCCUGCAGACAUGUCACACAGUUCACUCCAGUCUUGCACCUCCUUCAACUCUGCCUACUACAAGUAGCAGCAGAGGUGACAAGCUCAUGAUCUCUGCUCUCUCAACUGUUAAAUGGAGCAAAAUAGCUGGUAAAAAAAUUUAAAAAUCCAUCCAUCAGAGAACAAAGCAGUUCUUUGGGUCAGUGUCAGCCUUAGAGAAUGGAGGAGUCUCUCAGGUACCAGUAAAAAAAGGAGCCACAGCAGCUCCUACCUUGGGCCACAUCUCCCCUUGUUAAUGGUAAUAAAUGUGGAAUAUGUUUGACUCAGUUCAGCCCUGGGAUUAAACAGAAUCCCAGAUCAGCUUGGCUCUCUUCUUUCCAGCAGUAAAAUACCUUAUGUUCUUUUCUGAACUCCCAUCAGAGCUGCAAAUUCAUGGAGAGCACUUGUGGAGCCAGGCAAUAUUUUACUCCUGUUCUAAGGACUGUGCAGAAGACAGUGGAGAGAAACACAAGCAAGCACUAUCACUUGUGCUUUGGUGGCUGAAUAGUCUGUAACUUUCAAUAUUCUGAUAUUUUGGACUAUUCAGUAGAAGCAAUCUGACAUGUUUCUCAACUGUCUGCUACAGCCAAAAAACCUUCUUCACCCAGAUCAACUAUUAUAAUAUUUUUGAAUCCCAAACCACAUUCAGUUUCUCUGCUGUCCUGUUGUUUUAGCUGGGGUUUAACAAGCAUGUUAAUCAAAUGAUCAAAUAUAGUUUUGAAUUUCUCUAGAAGUGAUCUGAUGCUGACGUAGAAAAAUAAAAACCCCAAUGCUGAUGUCCUGCAGCAAAAGUUUCUACAUAUGUUAAAAGCACAUAAAUAAUUUACAAACAGCUCCAUUUAAUUGUGCAAUAGAAUGCUCUGCUUCCAUCAUCCCAAGGACACAGCAUUGAGCCUCCUGAUCUCAUUCUGUUUUACACAUGCAGAGUCAAAGCAUCUUCAUUCCAGUUUUAAAAAUAAAUGACAGACUUGUAAGCUUUCUUAUGUAAAAACUACUGCUUGGCUUUGAAUUCAGGCAAGUACACACAGCUCUGACCUCACACCAAUUAUGAAAAUAAUGUUAAUUCUUUCAAAUUCUGAAGCUCAGGAUUUAGGAGCAGUUACACUUUCUGGCUGGAGAUGUCACAGUUCCUGUGAUGCAACGUAGGAGGUAGAGUUGCAAUCUUCAGUAUUUCCCUUUAAAAACCUCUUCCCAUUGCCAGAGGCUCCUAAGGCACAGAGCAGAGGAAGUUCCAGUCCAUCUUUCCCCUGACCUGAGUUCAUUGGAGAAGAGCUGCUUUUGAAUGAGCCACAGGAGCCAUGCUGAGUUUAUUUUAGUUGGGUUUAUAUUAGGUCUGAUUUCUGCUGAUCCCUUCAUUUUUCAUCAUUUCAUCUCUCUCUUCCAAUUGUUCCUGUUGGAGAGGGCUGUGUUUGGAGAGCUCCUGAGCCAGAAUGCUGUGCCUGCAGAUUCACCUCUGCACCCUCCCCCCAGGCAGCCCCUCACCUGUGCCUUGUGCACACCUUCUGAGACAUGAACUCUGCAAGCUGCCCUGAAUAUCUCCAGGUUUGUUCCUUUGAAGCGUGAAGUUAGCUCAGCCCCAGAGAGCUGUUAGCUCUGUUCAUAACUGCACAUUCUGUUUAACACCUACAUGAUCCGAAUUUGAACUGGGAAGGACUGGGAGGGAGUGGGUGGCCAGAACCUCACUUUGUGGUUAGAGGGGGAAUCAUAAGGUAAAAAUCAUCUGUGGGAAAAUAGAAACACGGUGCAAGCCCCAAUACCCAGCACUGCUGUUUGUUUUCUUCUGACAAUUUCACACACAAAUAGUAAAAUUUAUUAUUUUCACGA